CAGCGGAUGAAGAGCAGCAAGCAGGAAAAAGCAGGACUGCUACAGCCUCUUCCUGUCCCAGAACAGCCAUGGCAAGUGGCUAGCCUGGAUUUCAGCACUGGGUUACCAACUACUACAAGCGGUCAUAACGCAAUCCUCGUCAUUAUUAACAAAUUAUCCAAAAUGGGACACUCCAUCCUUACUCACACGACAGCACGCACCGAAGAGACAGCACAACUAUUCGUUCGCUACAUCAUCUCACAACAUGGCAUUCCAACCACACUCAUCUCCGACUGAGACCCCAAGUUCACUAGCAAGUUCUGGAA